GCUGGCGCUGGCGAUGGUGAUGGUCCCUCAUCGACGACGGCUCCCAACCCUGCUGCUCCAUUGUCAUCGCUCUUGCCAUCGCUGCCAUCAAAGGCUGCGAGCCCCAUGGUUGCUUCUGCUUCUGCUUCUGCUUCUGCUUCUGCUUCUGCCUCUGCCCAACCCGCCGCUGUCCCAAUUCGCGACAAGGAAGCGUUCAAUAGGGUGCUCGUCGACCGCUUCGUGACGCGUGACUGGAUACAUUCGAGCGCCUUGAAAGACUCGGACUCGCAGCUGCGCACGACAACCAGGGACACCCUGACGCGUAUCAAUGCGUACAAGACCAUCGCCGAGCAGCACAGCACAUACAACGGCAGGCUCUUCGGCGAAGGCUACAGCGGCUACGGCAAUGGCUAUACCGAUACUACUGGCGGCCCGACCAAGAUCGUCUACCCGUCGCAAAAACUGCGUGCCGGCCGGAGGACUGCGCCACAGCUCAAGUUCUCGCGCAAGGACAUCAAGAAACAGGCCGAGCAGCACGAGGAGCUAGUCCCCAUGCGUAUAGACGUCGACUGGGACAAGGUCAAGCUGCGCGACACCUUCACCUUCAACCUCCACGAGCGUCUCAUCCCCGUCGACGUGUUCGCCGCCCAGCUGGUCGAGGACAUGGGCCUCAAGGGGCCUCUCGAAAAGCCCGUCUACGAGCAGGUGGUGCAGCAAAUGCACGAGCAGCUCAACGACUUUUACCCCUUUGCCUACUCGGACGAGGAAGCCCUGGACCCCGAGCUUCCCUACUCAGCGUACAAGAACGACGAGAUGCGCAUCCUAGUCAAGCUCAACAUCACCAUCGGUGCCCACACCCUCGUCGACCAGUUUGAGUGGGAGAUCAACAAUCCGAUGAACUCUCCCGAGGAGUUCGCCGUCACCAUGGCUCGCGACCUGUCGCUGUCGGGCGAGUUUGCGACGGCAAUCGCCCACUGCAUACGUGAACAAGCCCAACUCUUUACGCGCAGCCUCUACAGCAUUGGUCAUCCGUUCGAUGGUCGUCCCAUUGAAGACCCAGAUCUCACCAUUGCAUUCCUUCCGUCGCCCCUGCCCGCUGUUUUCAGGCCCCAGCAACAGGCGAAGGACUACGCGCCAUACCUAUACGAGAACACCGAGGCAGAGCUUGAAAGGAGCGAGACCAUGUUCUCGCGGGAGCAGAGGAGGCAGAAGCGCUCGGUAAACAGGCGCGGCGGCCCUCAGCUGCCAGACCUGAAGGAGAGGCAGAGGACGAUUCGGACCUCAAUCGUGUCAUCGGUGCUCCCCGGUGCCGCAGCGGAUAUAGAGGAGAGCAGGCUGUUCAAGCGCGCCGUCGGGGUUGGCGGAAUUACCGGGAGAAGCAAGAGACCUACUCGCGAUGGCGAUAUCUCUGAUUCCGAAGACAGCGAAGACUCGGCCCCAGACUCACCCGCCAUGUCGCAACUCCAAGGAACCGCAAGGACUCGGGGAAUAAUGCGCGGCGCUGCCAGUGUCGCAGCACACCGCAUGGCAAAUCUUGGGCGGUCCGAGACCCCAGAGACUAUUAUUCACCACCACGAGACAAGGACGUCUCGCCGGGUCGGUCGCGAGGCCACCAGGGAAGAGACAGAGGAGCUGCAGCACGUAGUCACGCUCAAGGUCACACCCGCAAGAUUAAAGAAACUCUUACGAGAUCUCAAGUUAAAACAGUUAGCCCAAGGUCCCCCGGGCUCUGCCACCCCAGCCGGUCAGGGCCACCAAAGAGCUGGGAGUGCAUCCGCUGCCCCUGGCUCUAUGGGGCCGCCUUCGACCCCCUCGGGAACUAACAAGAACCUGCCGAUCAAGUCCACGAUGCCAUGGGCUGCUAGGCAGGCAUAUCUCGGCGGGGUUCCUGCGCCGCCUCCUGGGCAGCCAGGAGAAUCUCAACCAUCACCGCCUCCUAUUCCCGAGUGGCUCAGCACAGCCUUGCAGAGGCUACAGAGGCUGUAUCCGAACGACCAGUUCAAGGCUUUCAUGCGCUACUGCGCUAUGAACACAAAGACAGACACGGUAGCUGCGAUGCCGCGUAGCCCUGACAUGCCCCCGGACGUGGAGAUAUGGUGGGUGCCCAGGAUUAAGUGUCUUGAUUGCCCCGGCAAGUCGUACACGCCCGGCCCGGAGCGGUCAACAGACAACUUCGAAGUCCACCUCAAAAACAGACUCCACCGGGCGCAGGUCGACAACCGCCUC